GCCCAGUCCUAAUAUAAAUUGAAUCAUUAUCAUCGUUGCACACUCUCUGGUCUCUACUCCAAAACUAGGGUUAGUUGUUUUCAGAUCUCGCGCCAUCAUCUUCCUCAACCCCCUUCCGAUUCUGCAAAUAUGGCGACUCAAAUGAGCAAGAAGAGAAAGUUCGUUGCCGAUGGAGUUUUCUUCGCUGAAUUGAAUGAAGUUUUGACCCGUGAACUUGCUGAAGAUGGUUACUCUGGUGUCGAAGUUAGGGUUACACCUAUGCGCACUGAGAUUAUCAUCAGAGCUACUCGUACCCAAGCUGUUCUUGGGGAAAAGGGAAGGAGAAUUAGAGAACUUACCUCAGUGGUUCAGAAGAGGUUUAAGUUUCCUGAAAACAGUGUUGAACUUUAUGCUGAAAAGGUUAACAAUAGAGGUCUUUGUGCUAUUGCUCAAGCUGAAUCUCUUCGUUACAAGCUCCUCGGCGGUCUUGCUGUGCGCAGGGCUUGCUAUGGUGUUUUGAGAUUCGUUAUGGAAAGUGGGGCCAAAGGAUGUGAGGUCAUUGUCAGUGGAAAAUUGAGGGCCCAAAGAGCUAAAUCCAUGAAGUUCAAGGAUGGAUACAUGAUUUCUUCUGGGCAACCAGUCAAAGAUUACAUCGACUCUGCUGUUAGACAUGUUCUCCUCAGACAGGGUGUUCUUGGUAUCAAAGUGAAGAUCAUGCUUGAUUGGGAUCCUAAAGGGAAACAGGGUCCUAAAACUCCCCUCCCUGAUAUUGUCACUAUCCACACUCCAAAGGAAGAGGAGGAUUACAGCACGACUGCUGCUGCUAUUUUGCCCACUACUGAUCUUGAGGGUCCCAUUGUUGCUUAAAGAUGUUGUGAUUUUUCUUGAGUUUUUCCCCGUAGCUGAACUUUCGUGCAAUAUUUAUUUUCAAACACUUCGUUCAAAAUUUUGUAGUUUCUUGACUCGUUAUGGAAGUUGCUAUACUCAAUUACAAGCGUUUAAGCAUUAAUUAUUAUUAUUUUUCUUA